AGUGUCUUUCUAUUUUCCUCGGUAUAUUCAAUUGACAAAAUGUCCAUAACAAAUUCAUUUUUUGCUACUGUUUUUCUAUUUGUUACAUUCAUAACAAGCUCUAUAGCCCAGAAUACCUCUCAAUGUGUCCCUUCUUCCUGUGGCGAUAUUCGCGAUAUAAAAUUCCCCUUCGGAUUGAGGUCUGAUCCCGAGUAUUGUGGUAAGACCGGAUAUGAACUCGAUUGCCAGAACAAUGAAACCAUUUUCCAUUACAAGUCGCGAAAAUUCUACGUCCAGGAAAUUAACUAUACGAACUUCUCAAUUAGGCUACUCGAUCCCAGCCUUAAAAAUCAGAGCGAUAAUUGCUCUGUUUUUCCAGAACACAGGGCAAGUUACGAUGCCAUGACUAGCCUAAUCUUCGGAUGGCUUAGUGUUGACAACGAUAUCAACUAUGUCAACUGUCGUGGUCCAAUCAACUCGUCACUAUACAUUCCUACAAGUUUUUGUAGCACAAAUACAACUGCUACCAAUUCUAGUUUUAGCUAUCUUGUCGUAGGUGAAAUAUUGCAAGAUUCAGAUUUAGCAGGCGGUUGCAGAGUUGAAACUGUGGCAUGGUCAUCAGCUCCGGGGAUUUCACCUAACAUAUCGUCUUCGUUAUCCAGCAUUCAUCAGGCCCUGGGUUACGGAUUUGAGCUCUCUUGGAGGCGUGAUUUCUUAUGCAGAGAGUGUGGGAGAGAUGACGAAUGUGUUUUCGAAGACAAUAGUGAUGUAGCUACUUGUAUUCAUUAUUGUAAAGAGGACACUCCCGUUUCUGAACUUUCUUUCGGAUGCAAAGUCAAGUACUAUUCUGUUUUUGUAUUGGUGUAUGGCGGUAUAGCAAUUGGUGCACUCAUGCUUAAAAAGUAA